UUGAAAAUCACGUGAACAUUACAAAAAUGAAAUUCCUGAUUGUCCUCGCCGUCGCGGUCGCGUGCGCAAGCGCCGACGUCUCCCACAUCGUCAAGUCUGACGAGUACGCCGCCCCAGUGGUCAAAUCCAGCUACGACAUCACCCCUGAAGGCCACUUCCAGUUCAACUACGAGACCGGCAACGGAAUUUACGCCCAGGCUGAAGGUGCCGUCAAGAACGUCAACUCAGAAUACCCCGCCAUCGAAGUUAAGGGUGCCUACAAGUACACUUCCCCUGACGGACAACCCAUCGACCUCGCCUACGUCGCUGACGAGAACGGUUACCAACCCCAGGGAAGCCAUCUGCCCACCCCUCACCCAAUUCCCGAGGCGAUCGCCCGCGCUCUUGCCUACAUCGAGGCCCACCCCCCCAGCCCCUCCGUCGUGGAAAGAAAAGUCGUCGCCAACUUGUUAGGAUAAGUCAAGACAACAACAUACCGCCACUAGUACAAACGAAACUGACAUAAUGUAGGAAAUAAACUGUUGGAUUUAAUUUU